CAUCCAGGUCUAUUAAACAACAGAGUCGUAUCACGUGACGGCGCUAUUGUGUUGUGAUAUCUUCACCAUUCAUCUCCUUGCUUUUGAUGGGGUAUGUUUGCCUGGGUCACAGCUGUCCGGGAAGUUCACACGCACACGUAAAACGCACACGCUCCUCGGCACGUGUGUAGCAGGGCUUGUCUUGCUCCUUGCAUUCCGUGCUAUGGCCUGGACACCGUUUAACAGAACGCCUCCCUCCUUACUUCUCCUGACUCUGCUAAGUUGGACCGGACAUGUCUCGUCAAAGACCACCCGUAGAGGAGACAUCAGCAUCUCCAUGGCCUACAGCAACCUGGACACGACCACCUUCUGCUCCAACCUCACCAUCGGGGAGCCCGACUCGUGUGAAGACGCCCUCAUCGUACCCAUGUACCCCAACCACCAGGUACCCGAGGGGUCGCUGAUAUCCCCGCAGAAGAUGUGGUACGCCAGGAGGUUGGAUGAUGGCGUGUAUAUUUCCGGUCAGCCGACCCCGCGACAGAUUAAAUACGCCGCCGACAGCGGGUUUAAAACAGUGGUGUCUGUGUUUACCCAUAAAGGACAACUUAGCCCGGACGGUAAAGAGGUUCUAAUAUCUACAGCCACUGAAAAAUUUAUCGUUGAAAAUUUGGCCGGGAUGAAAUUUUUCACGGUGUUGGACGGAGACCAAGAUGGAGACUGGAACAGCGUGGAUGCUGUGAGGAAGAUGACGGAAAUUAUCCGACAGCUUGAACUUCCGGCGUUGAUCCACUGCCGGAAAGGCGUCGUCUCUACGUUUCUAGCGUUACUCUACUACGCUAACCAAACCGUCAACGACCCGGAUUUUAAACCGCGGGUGAACAGCACGAGAUUUUACGAGAUCACCAGAAAACAUGGUUUGGAUUUUGUCAAAUUGUUAAAUUACACAUCGGCUACAGUAACUUCCAUAACUGGCAAAGCGCUACCUAAAACAGCCCGCGCACCAAAGGUUAGUCUAGCACAGUGGUACAGUUACUGGGCGUCUCGUCCUCUGUACGAGAACUGGUACACCGCGGGUCAGAUUAAUGCCAACGAUCUCUACGUCAUCAAAGCCACUGGAUUUAAUCAGAUCGUUAAUCUACGCAAAGGUACAACACACGGCGGUCGACCGUCCCAGGUAAGUCUUUUAUUUAUCUAG